GGUGGUGGUGGGGGCUAGUUAUUACCCAUGUGCUUUCAAGGGAAAGGCGUGUGUCUUGCCGAGGGGUGCUUGACGAGUUACAGAUCCCUCAAAACAUCUUAAUCCUGGUCGUAGAUUAAUCACCAUUGCAGACAAUCUCCCUUUGACUGACUAGAAUUCCUCUUUGGCACUUAACCAGUGUACAAUGGCAAGUAUUACCAAAUUUAAUAUUGAUGCCCCUCGCUGGGACCAGAAUACUUUUUUGGGGCGUGUAAAGCACUUUUUCAACAUCACAGAUCCACGGACGCUUUUGGUGUCAGAGCAAACGUUAGAUUCAGCGAAGACAAUUGUAGAUAACUGCAGGGCAGGUUCGGUACCCCCUGGAACGAGCGAGGAACAGCUUUUCUAUGCCAAAAAGCUUUAUGACUCAGCUUUCCAUCCUGACUCAGGGGAAAAAAUGAAUUUAAUAGGGAGAAUGUCGUUUCAAGUCCCUGGAGGAAUGGCUAUCACAGGCUGCAUGCUGCAAUUUUACAG